UGUGCCGGGUUGGGUGGGUCUGGCCGGCUAGGGUUAUCGACUCUUCCCACCAUCUGCAAAUAGGCGACCCCUCCUCGCUCCUCUCGCUCUCCAUCUCACCCCGGCCACUGCCGGAGCACUCGGUGGCCACCGCCUCCGAUUCCUAGAUCGAAGAAAUGAGGGCCUUAGGAAGCUCCUCCACCCUCUCUCCACGGCUUCCCCGCUCUAUCCGUCGUAUCCCCAGGUCCUUGUACUCCGCCUCGGCCACCCUCCUUCCUUCCAUCGAGGAGCCAACAGCGGCCGCGGAGAAACCGAUCCCAAAUAACGUCGUCCAUGCCCAUUCUCCUCCGAUUCGAAGACUUAUCUCCGCAUUCGACCCCGAAAGAUCGAUGUCGACGCAGGAGCGAGUCGUCGAGUUCCUCUUGACCUAUCAGCGCAGACCCCGAGAAGCUUUGAAGUACUUCAAUUGGGUUCAGAAUCAGGGGGGUCCCAUGGGCGUGGAGCCCCUCUGCAUCUUGCUUCAUAUCCUCGUGCGGUCCGGAUGGCUGUCGAGUGCUCGAGAGUUACUAAAAAGAUCGAUCUUGGGCGAUUCCAGCACCCGCCCCAGCAGCAUCGUCGACUGCCUGAUUGAAACUUCAAAAAGGUGCGAUUUUGAUCCUCUCUCCUACUGUUACCUCUUGUCUUGCUAUGCACAUGUCCAUCGAGUCGAAGAGGCGGUGGAAGCUUUCAGUCGGAUGGUUGAAAGCAGCAUCUUUCCUGACGUAAAAGCGAGAAAUGAUGUGCUGAGUGCUAUGCUAAGGUCGAACUCUUUCUCAAGGGCUCGAGAAUUUUACCGAGAGAUGCGAGCUAAAGGAAUGGACUUCGAUUGCAGCACGUGUGAUAUUAUGAUGCAUGUGUGUUUGAAAGAAGGGAAGCCUGAGGAUGCCGAGUUGUACUUCAGGGAAAUGGUUGAUGGGGGCGUGGAGCCGGAUGUGCAAGCUUAUGCUACCGUGAUUCAGUCGGCGUGCAAGAAACCUGAUUCCAAGAGAGCUUGUGAAUUGUUCAGCGAGAUGAAAGGUUUUGGCUUGGUUCCUUCCGAGUUUAUAUAUACUUUGUUGAUUGGAGCUUGUGCAAAGCAGAGAAACAUGGGCGAGGCUGUAAGGUUAAAAGAAGAGAUGGUCAGUAGUGGGCUGCCGCUGAACUUGGUAGCUGCAACUAGUCUGAUGAAAGGAUACUGUGCUCAAGGAGAUAUUAACACUGCAUUGGAUUUACUCGCAACUGUUCUCGAGCAAGGAAUAGUUCCAAACAAUGUGACAUACUCGGUUCUGAUUGAAGGUUGCUAUAGAUAUGGAAAUGUGGAGAAAGCCUACGAGCUUUACUGUCAAAUGAAACAGCUGGGGAUGUUGCCGAGCGUCUUCAUUGUUAAUUCAGUGAUACGGUGCUUCUUGAAGAAUAAUCAAUGGAAAGAGGCAUUUGACUUAUUUGAAGAAGCAGUUGGCUCUGGUGUACCAAAUGUUUUCACAUAUAACAUUCUUAUGCAUUGGCUCUGUCAUGCUGGUAGGCUGAAGGAAGCUUGCAAUCUAUAUGCUAGAAUGGAGGAUGCAGGAGUGAAGCCUAAUGUUGUAUCAUGCAACAACUUGUUAUUUGGCCAUUGUGAACAGGGGGAUAUGGAUUCAGCAGCUAAUCUGUAUAGCCAAAUGACUGAAAGGGGCAUCAAACCCAAUGUCGUCACCUUUGCCACUCUGAUGGAUGGGUAUGUCAAGAAAAAGGACUUUGACCGGGUUUAUGAUAUGCUCAAUAUAAUGCGUGGCUUGGGCAUUGCUUGUAAUGAAUAUACAUUCAACACUGUUAUAAAUGGCUUCUGCAAAGCCUGCCGUACAUCUGAAGCGAAUGACAUGCUGCCCAAAUUUAUGGAGGAGGGUUUUGUUCCUAACUGUAUGACCUAUAACAGUAUCAUCAGCGGCUUCAUAAGAGAGGGUGCAAUGAGCUCCGCAAUCUCAACUUAUCAGCAAAUGCUUAAAAGGGGCAUCUCUCCUAAUGUUAUUACAUAUACCAAUUUCAUUGAUGGCUAUUGUAAAAGCAAUUGUACUGAUGUUGCUUUGAAGUUGAUGAAUGAGGUGAGAAGGAAGGGUCUCCAAUUGGAUAUUGCCGCAUAUAAUGCUAUUAUUGUUGGUUUUUGCAAGGACAAUAAUAUGGCUGAUGCACUUAAGCUUUUCGAUGAGCUGCUUGAAGCUGGGUUAAAGCCAAAUGCAGCUGUAUUUAACAGCCUUAUCUCUGGCUAUAUAGAUUUGAGUAAUAUGAAAGCUGCUUUUGAGCUGCACAAGAAAAUGCUAGAAGAAGGAAUACCUUGUGAUACUGCUAUUUACACAACCUUAAUCGAUGGAUCACUAAAAGCUGGUAAUGUGACAAUUGCUUUAGAACUUUACUCUGAGAUGUUAGCCAAGGGCCAUUUUCCGGAUGAUGUUGCCUUCACUGCACUGAUACAUGGUCUUUGCGAGAAUGGACACCUUGAAGAUGCUUACAAGAUUUUGCAUGAAAUGGAUAGGAUGGACGUACGUCCUAAUGUUCUUAUAUACAACACACUGAUCAACAGAUACUUCAGGGAAGGCAAUUUGCAAGAGGCCUUUCGAUUGCAUGAUGAAAUGCUUGACAGAGGCCUCAUGCCUGAUGAUAAAACUUACGAUAUUCUCGUGAGUCAGAAGUUUGAAGGAGACGAUGCUAUUGCUGGAACUUAGAUGUCCCUCUGGCAUGGCGAGUGGAUCUUGUUUGCAUAAAUUGGCCCAUUGAGACAGAUCAAAUGGAGGAAUCUCAUAGUAUUACUGGUAGCAAUUAUGCUCUGCCUGCAAAGAUGCUUGGCUUUGCUACUAAUCUCUCAAGUAACUACUUUCAACCCCACUUGAGUUGCACAGGAGAGCACCCGAAAAGCUAUCACUGAAGAGGUGGCAUCAUACAUACAUUUCAACAUGGUCCUACCGAAUUUGGUAAGCAACUCUCAGGUUGCAUUCAUUUCAUGCUUCAGCAAAGUUUCUUUCAAUGACGUGGUGGUACAUAAAUUCAUUUGUGUACGUGGACAAGCAGCAUGGGGUGUGCCGAGUCCAUUCUCUGCGGCAAACCAUGUAGGCAAGUCCUUCAAAUGGAGUGGAGAUGGGUGAGAGGCCUGCGCGGCCGAUGAAACCAACAGCAUGGCGCAGAGAUAUUGGUUGAACGAACAAUGGUGCUUGCGCCUUGGUCUAAAUUCUUCUAAUAGAUAUGGAAUCUCACUGGGUUGGCAUCCGAAACCGUGUCAUCGCUUGUGGCUAGCACUUGGAUCAAUGGAUACUUUUUUUCUGGAAACUAGGACUCGAUGUCUUCUGUCCUUUGUGUAUGCUGUGUGUUUACAUAAUAAUUUUGUGCAAGACUGUUCAUCCAUCAAUAAUUGUGAUCUUACAUCUUUA